AGGACACCUGCUGCAUCACAUGAUCACCUGGUAAAAACCAGCACAAAAAAUGGCUUCUAAUUAUGAGUCUCAGCAAUCAACGGAACCGUACACUCUAAAGAGACGAGGGUUCGAAUGUGAGUUCAUUACACCACCACCCAAAGAAAUACAGACAGAGUGUCCAAUUUGCCUCCAUAUCAUUCGUGAUCCACACACGGUUAUAUGCUGUUGUAACAGUUUCUGUCGCGUGUGUAUCCUUGCCAUUAAAGCUGAGAACAAGCCUUGUCCGAUUUGUAAGAAAGAGAAUUUCGUAGAUUUCCAAGAUAAGAGAUUAAAACCUUCCCUCUAUGAGUUGAAAGUUCAAUGUAGUCACCAGAAAGACGGGUGUGAGUGGACGGGGGAACUGAGACAGCUUGAUGAGCACCUCAACACAGAUCCAUUGCCAGAGAAACAACUCGAUGGAUGUCAGUUAGCUAGCCUAAAUUGCACGUUCUGCUCCCACAAAGUACCUCGUAGACAGAUCGAAGCACAUCAAACAAAGUGUACAAAUCGUCCCUUCAACUGCCGUUACUGCAACGAAUGCAAGUCUAGUUUCAGUGACGUAAUGAACAACCACUGGCCUGUGUGUGGGUCCUUCCCUGUCCCCUGCCCUAACCAAUGUGGUUCAACUAUCCUACGUCAGGAUAUAGACAGCCAUGUUGCUGAUGUGUGCCCCCUGACCACCAUCAACUGUGACUUCCACCACGUAGGCUGUGCUGUGAAACUCCCUCGACAAGACAUGCCAGAACACCUGAGAGAGAACCUACUCACACACAUCUCUCUAUUAGCCACCAGCCAUGCCAAGCAACAAGCUGAGACUACACAACAAAGAAAAGAAAUCACUAAGCAACAAGAUAAAAUCAACAGAAUAGAAGAUGAAAACGAUACUUUAAAGAGCAAACACAAAAACUUGCAACACAAUUAUCAAGCUCUGGAAACCAACCAUCAGGAACUAAAAAUUGAAGUGAACGCUUUAAAACACAAACUACACCACCUACAAAAUGGAGGGGCUGCUGAAUUAGCACAACCGAUACAAGAAGCUGCUCAACAAAUCAAUUCCAAGAUAUCCAUACCGCUAGGUCCUCCGGUAAUGAGCAUGACAAACGUGGAACAGCACAAAAACGGCGAUCUUUGGUACUCUCCUCCGGUCUACACACACCAUCAGGGCUACAAGAUCUGCCUCAAGGUUGAAAUACAACCGUGGGGGUCACAGUCACAUAACGCAAUCGUGUACAUACACUUCAUGAAAGGCGCUUUCGAUGAUUUUUUGACAUGGCCGUUUCGAGGGAGUGUAUCUAUACGCAUGGUCGAUCAGGUCAAAGAUCAAGUCCAUAAAUAUUAUAAACCUGAGUACACAAACGAAGAGGACAACGACUACAGCAGCAAAGUGGUGAGUGGAGACGUGGCAAGGUACGGCAAGGAAGUAAUCAAGAUUAUGAUUUAUGACAAAGUAGAAACAAAAUACCUCAGAAACAACACGCUAGUUUUUCAGAUUUAUGAGGUUGAGUUGUAUCAUUAGGCACAAUCAUGUAUAUUUAUACCCCACAUGCAUGCAUGUACACCGCACGUAGUUCUUGAGAUGUGUGCGUGAUACUAACUUAUGCGAUAUUGUAUCGGACAAUUAAUUCGAGGCCUGU